UAUGCACAUGCAUGUAUACCCAGAUUCAUACAUGAAAACAAAUAGUUAAUUCAUUGCACCUCAAUCUGGGCUUCAGAAUGCAAAUGGAACUACCUAAGGUAUUGAAAUAUGCCCCACCCUACAAGUAAAAGCAUAACAACAACAGUAAAAAGCCCACAAAAGUACCUGGGCCAAGUCCAACUCCAGACUAGUUACAACAGCUUGGUGUGGGGACAGGCAGUGAGAUUGUAAAGAGUAGCUUUAGUGUUUUCCAACAGGCCAGAGUCCACCCAGAAGAGAGAUAAAAGUGCGCCUCAUUGAUUGGUCACUUACACUCAGAGGUACAUGUUGAGUUAGCAGCUAGCAUUAUAAAAGCCCGGGACUGCAAGUUCACAGGUGUCUCCCUAAGAAGAGAAGGCUGCCAUGGAUCCAGUCCUGGUCCUGGUGCUCACUGUCUCCUGUCUGCUUCUCCUCUUAGUCUGGAGACAGAACUCUGGGAGAGGGAGGCUCCCUCCUGGUCCCACUCCUCUCCCACUUAUUGGAAACAUCCUGCAGAUAGAUAUAAAGGACAUCAGCAAAUCCUUAGCCAACUUCUCAAAAGUUUAUGGCCCCGUGUUCACUCUGUAUUUUGGCAUGAAGCCCACUGUCGUGGUACACGGAUAUGAAGCAGUAAAGGAGGCACUGGAUGACCUUGGAGAGGAGUUUUCUGGAAGGGGUAACUUCCCAAUUGUUGAAAGAAUGAAUAAUGGCCUUGGAAUCGUUUUCAGCAAUGGAACAAAAUGGAAGGAGCUUCGGCGCUUCUCACUUAUGACCUUGAGGAAUUUUGGGAUGGGGAAGAGAAGCAUCGAGGACCGCAUUCAAGAGGAAGCACGCUGCCUUGUGGAAGAGUUAAGAAAAACGAACGGCUCACUCUGUGAUCCCACCUUCAUUCUGAGCUGUGCUCCUUCCAAUGUGAUCUGCUCAGUUGUUUUUCAUAAUCGUUUUGAUUAUAAAGACGAGAAUUUUCUUAACUUGAUGGAGAAAUUAAAUGAAAACUUUGAAAUUUUGAACUCCCCAUGGAUGCAGGUCUGCAAUGCUAUCCCUGCCUUCCUUGAUUAUCUCCCAGGGAGCCAUAACAAAGCACUUAAAAACUUUGCUGAAAUAAAAAGUUAUAUUUUGAAACGUGUGAAAGAACACCAAGAAACACUGGACAUGGACAAUCCUCGGGACUUCAUUGACUGUUUCCUGAUCAAAAUGGAACAGGAAAAGGACAAUCCACACUCUGAGUUUACUACUGAAAGCUUGAUGGCUACUGUGGCUGACGUGUUUGUAGCUGGAUCAGAAACCACAAGUACUACCCUCAGAUAUGGACUGUUGCUCCUCAUGAAGCACACAGAGGUCACAGCUAAAGUCCAGAAAGAGAUUGAUCAUGAGAUUGGCAGAAACAGGAGUCCCUGCAUGCAGGACAGGACCCGAAUGCCCUACACAGAUGCAAUGGUGCAUGAGGUCCAGAGAUACGUUAACCUCAUCCCCAACAAUGUGCCCCAUGCAGCUACCUGUAAUGUUAAAUUCAGAAAUUAUGUAAUUCCCAAGGGCACAGACUUAAUAACAUCACUGACUUCUGUGCUACAUGAUGACAAAGAAUUUCCCAACCCCAAAAUAUUUGACCCUGCCCAUUUUCUGGAUGAGAAUGGAAACUUUAAGAAGAGUGACUACUUUAUGCCUUUCUCCACAGGAAAGCGAAUGUGCGUGGGAGAGGCCCUGGCUCGCAUGGAGCUCUUUCUGUUUCUGACCACCAUUUUACAGAACUUCGAUCUGAAAUCUUUGGUUGAUACAAAGGACAUUGACACUACCCCAGUGGCCAGUACUUUCGGCUGUGUACCACCUUCAUACCAGCUGUACUUUAUUCCUCGAUAACGGACAGAUUGGCUGUUGUUAUGCAGGUGUCCCUGACAUAGUCCACGCCCUUCCCACUAUUAGGGUUACCUCUCUCAUUUAUUUUCUCAUAUCUCUCCACUCCCCCACAAUACAGUGAGCACCCAUCCUCCUUUAAGAAGAUUUUCAUGAAUUACCGCACAUAUUUUGCCCCCCCCUUCAAGUCUUAAACUUGACUGAGUUAUUAGUAUGUUAGAGUGUAAUA